UGUAAAUAUUGACUUCAGAAUGUUUUAAUAAUAAUAAUAAAUUGUUUAAAUUUAUUCUGCAAUUUACAAGUCGACGACAGUAAAAUUUAGCCAAAUUUGAAAGACUUAAAUAGUGUUUUUUGUGUAAUUUACAAGUUUUUGAAGCAUUGUUAUUUUAUAUAGAUUUUGCAAGUAUUUAAAUUGUUAGUGUACAAGGUGUACAGUGAUAUUUCCUAUACACGAAUUUAAAACUUAACUUUAAAAACAAGAGCAAAUAUUUACGUUUUAAGAAAUAGAGUGCACAAAAAAAAAACAAAUUUCAGUGAACGCAGUUUUCUGUCAUCACUGCAUGUUGUCAGCAGUUGUCAACAAUUAUACAAAAAAUUAAAAAAGAACAUCAAAUUUUACGGUCAAAAUUACUACACCAUAUUUGAUCAAAAUUCCCUUUACUACGCCGAGAGCCACAGGCAAAACCCGUGUGUGAAGUUCACCGUGUGUGACAUCACGCUUCAUUGUUGGCUGUUUACGUCAUUCCUGAGUCGGAGAACGACUCGCGGAACGCACACGCAGAAAAAAGAGCGAGCUAACGAGCGAAAGAGAGAGAAAUAAAAAGCAAGAGAGGAGGAAACCAGCCGCGAAACCAUAAAAAUUUUGUUGCCGCCUUCGCUGACCUGGUAUCAGGAUUUUGAUCGGCAAAUAAAAUCAGUGUCAGUGCGGAGUUUGGGUGAAUGAGAGACACAUAGAUUAAAAAAAAACAGUUAUACACAGUUGAUAGUCUAUUCUCUCACUAUCUCAUUUUUAUUGAUUGAAAACUAAAGGUGAAAAUUUCGUGAAACAUAAUGUCAAACGACGACAUUUCACCAGAUUCUCAUUAAAUUUUUCUGCAACUACAAUUUUUUAUUUUUAUAAAAGAAAAGUGUAUAAAAGAAAGAAGAAAAAUUGUGUGAAGGGAAAUUUGAAAGGAAAAUUUACAGUGAAAAAAAGUUUCUAGUGUCAAUGCUUUUUUUUUAUACAUAUGAGAAAAAGUGUUUUUCCCGUGGGUCGUUCGCACGGAGUCUUUCAUUUUAAAUAUAACGAUGUAUAAAUAAGUAUGAGCAAUAGCGGGAGUACGCGAGGCUGUCUCGCAAAGAUUUUGUGAAGCAAUCAUACACUCUGAUUGGUGAACGUGGUUGUUACUCGAAUUUUUGAAAAACGAGAGAGAGAAAAAAAAAGAAAGAGACAAUUUUUUUAAAAAAAAGUGUAACAAAUGCAGUCGAUAAAUAUUAAUUUUUUAUUGACAACUGCCACAUAUGUUAUUGUUGUGUGGGCAUGCUCUGUGGAGGCUCUGCCAAGGGAAACUUGAAAAAACGAUUUUGUCAUUUUGGAAAGUGUCGUCAUCAGAAUUUAUCAUUCUCCGGAAUUAAACAAUGAAAUUGAACUGUCGGAAGCAAUUAUUGCAGGAUUGUUUACAUUGUCGACUACAGUCUUCAUGCACAUUGGACAUACGGAAUGCUCUGGUUUUCGAGUGAGUUGCAAGUACAUGAAAUGUUGCACUACACAGAAGAUUGUCCCAAGAUCAGCACUGACGCCUGUAAAAUGCUUGGAGAAUUUUGUAUAUUUGCCACUGAACUUGCACGCCUCUGCGAGCAAGGCUGUUCCUAUGAGCACCUCUCAAUCAUUACUCUGUGAUGGAAAGGACACUAAUAAUAAAACGGGUUCAAAAAGAAUGGCAUGUGAAGUAUUUUUGGGUGGAUCUUGCAAUCCUACAACGUGGAGGUCAGAAAUAGCAAUACCGACACUUCAAAGUUUAGGAAUUUCUUAUUACAAUCCCCAAGUGUCACAAUGGGGUCCAGAACUUAUUGCUCAGGAAUACGAAGCAAAACAAACAGCGCGUGUUUUGCUUUUUGUAAUAGAUAACCAGACACGUAAUACUUCAGGAAUGAUUGAAGCAGCUCAAUUGGCAGCGACGCGCAAAGAAUCCCUGGUCCUUGUCGUUUAUCCUUAUCGACAAGGCCAGACAAUUCUUGACGAAGCCGUUUCCUCGCAAGAAUAUUACGACCUAAUGAAUGGGCUGCUAGUACUUCAAUUUUUUAUGGAUAGGCAAAGGAUACCAAUAUUUGAAAAUGUUACAGUUGCACUCAAUUGUACGUCUAAGAUUAUCCGCAAAGCAAUAAAAGUGCAAGAUCUGCAAUCCGAGGAUGGAAUCAGGCCUACUCGAAUCUCACUUAAUCAGCACGGAAGCGAUAUAGUAGCAUUAAGAGAGAUCUUUCAAUCUUUAGACGUUAAUGACACGGGAACAGUAAGUCUGAAUGACGCUUUGGUGACAUUACAGUCGAAUUCAAAAUGUAAUGGAUCCGUUUCAGAUCUUUUUAAUGCUGUGAAUAAAUCGGAAACCGGUGAAGCAGUGAUACAGAGUCUUUCAUUGAACGACGAAUCAAAGGAGCAGAGGAUAAAAUUCGAUCAAUUCUGUGCAUUAGCGAGUGAAUGGUCCUGGCGAAUGAGGAACAAUGGCGUUACCUGUGAAAGUGAGAUACCUUCAGUUUGGAGUAUUUUAAGUAGGAAGACAUCAAAGUUUCUGCGCAGCGCUUUCGUACACCCUUUUAAUCGUUUCUUAGAUUGGACCAAUUCAUUGAUGCAGGAUUCCGAGAAAAGGGAUUUGUACAUUGGUGUGAUCGGCAAAGAUCUGUUAUGGUUAGAAUCUUCAGCAGCAUCUUUAAUAAAAUCGAUGGGACUGUCUUUUCAUCGUCCGAGUUUAAAUGAAUACAAUAUUAGGAUAUUGCCGCAAGAAUUGCAGCAUAUGAAAAAUUCGAGAAUUAUUUUAUUAAUUAUCCCGCAGCAUUCGCGUGGUAUUGCCAUUAUGGCCUUAGCGGCUCAUUUAAUUGGGCUGCACGCCAAGCUUGUCCUUUGUGUUCAAACUCUUCCUGAAAAUAGCAUCGUUUCUGGCGAACAGUUAACGGUGCAAGCCACGAAAGACUACAAUAGGUGCAGAAUGUACCUGUCGGACUAUGCGACGCGCGAAGGUGUACCUGUUUUUCAAAAAGUCGCUGAUGCCUUACAACACGCGAUACAAAUAGUUCAAAAUCCCUGGCAGCGACAAUUAUAUUUGUCUGAAUCUUUGUAUCAUGAUGAGAAAGAGCCGCAAUUCCCGAAUAAGGAAGUGGAACUCGCGGAACUGCCGUUGUGUACCACCAAAGAGGGAUUCCAACUCCAAGAAGAAGAACCGCAAACGAAAUACUGGCAAAGAAAACACAGUGAAUGGAAAAAUAACCUAAAUAAGGGACUGAUUGAAAUCAGGAUGCAUUCGAGCUCGAAAGAACUCGAUCCGGAAGUAGCGGAAUCAAAUAAACUGGGGAAAGAUUUGCCAACUUUUAAUACGCCCUUUUAUAUACUUUUUAUAAAAUUUUUUGGACUUUAUUGGAAAUCAACAAUUGUAAUACUAUGGCCACUUUUAUUACUACCGAUCAUCAUCUUCAACACCGAAACGAUGUAUCGGUGCCUUUACAUUGUGCUGGUAAUGGCACUAUUUUGGGUAACGGAAGUCCUGCCACUGCCAAUAACAGGACUUCUACCUAUUACAUUAUACCCAUUGAUGGGUGUACUUAGCACGAGUGCAACAUGCGAUUGUUACAUCAACGACACCACAAUGAUGUUUUUUGGGAGUCUAGUGAUAGCAGUUGCCAUUGAAAAUUCAGGAUUGCACAUGCGAGUUGCAUUAUUAAUAAUUAAAACAAUCGGAUGUAGUCAUAGAAAAUUAAGUUUAGGUUUAUUUUGCGUUACAAUGUUUAUUUCAAUGUGGAUUUCAAACACUGCAGCAACUGCAAUGAUGAUUCCAAUAGUCGAAACAGUUCUCCUUGAAUUAGAGUCUCAAGGACUAGGCAAUAUGUUUUAUCACGAAAACGAUACAGACAAUGAUGCCGAACCUACAAAGAGGCCGACAAAAACGACAAUGGUUUAUUAUUUAACCGCAGCUUAUGCAUCGACUCUCGGCGGUAUUGGCACAAUGGUCGGAAGUGGGACAAAUUUGACAAUGAAGGGCAUCUUUGAAGAACGAUUUCCCGAUAGUUCUGGAAUAAAUUUUGCAGCCUGGAUGCUGUACGCUGUACCAGUGAUGCUACUAAUGGGAUUCUUAGUAUGGCUUUGGUUACAAAUAAUGUACAUGGGACUUUUUAGGCCGAAAAGUAAAGAAGCUCGUGACAUAGAUAUUGGAAAACAAGGCGAACAAGUGGCAGCAAAAGUAAUUGAGGAAAGAUACAGAGAACUUGGACCAGUUACGUGGCAUGAAUCCUGUGUUGGAAUACUUUUUCUCUGCGUUGUAUUUCUUUGGUUUUUCAGAAAACCAGAAUUUGUUCCCGGUUGGCCAAGUUUCGUCACCGAUUUAAAAGUAAAAGACUCAACGGCAGCGAUAACAGCAAUUAUUCUCCUCUUUGCACUGCCGGCAAAAUUAGAUUUUCUAAAUGCAUUUAAUAAGGAUCCAACUAAACGACCAACGAAACCCUCGCCGGGAAUGAUAAAUUGGAAAGUUAUUCAUCAAAAAAUGCAUUGGAGUUUAAUAUUUGUUCUCGGUGGUGGAUUUGCCAUAGCCACCGGAAGUACAAAAUCUGGACUAUCUAAAAUGCUCGGAGAAUCAUUAACUGGUCUCAGUUCAAUGAACGUUGUGGCAAUUUUAUUUAUGGUAUGCCUCUUCUCAGCAACAGUCACUGAACUCACGUCAAAUGUGGCUGUGGCAACUAUCAUUUUACCAGUAUUAGCCGAAAUGAGUGUAGCCGUUAAAAUUCAUCCUCUCUAUUUAAUGUUACCAGCAGCACUUUGCUGUUCAUUUUCAUUUCAUCUUCCAGUGGGAACUCCACCAAAUGCUAUUGUAAGUGCUGCCGGCCAUAUAAAAACAAAAGAUUUCGUAAUUGCUGGCAUUGGUCCUAGUAUUAUAACGAUUGUCAUUACAUCAUUGUCAUUUUCCACAUGGGGAAUGUAUGUUUUUAAUCUUAGCGAAUUUCCGGAAUGGGCUUCCCACAAACAUGGUAGUAAUUAAUUAAUUUAUUUUUUUUCGCCAUUAUAUCAAUAAUAUUAGUCCUAUUUGUGUCAAUUAUUUUCAUUAAUUAUUUAAUUUAAAGUCUUUGUUUUUUUACAACCAUUGUCAUUUUUAUUUUUUUUUAAGUAAUUUUAAAAAUAGAUUUAUAUAAUUAUUAAAAUAGAUUUUUAUCCGAAAUUUAAGUAAUGUAUUAUUUUUUAGAGACUAUUUUUUCUCAAAAGAAUUAUUAUUCACAUUCGACGAUUUUUUUUAAAUAUAUAUACUUUUUUACAUACAAUAAUUGUUGCCAACGAAUACAAACGAAACAAAAACAGUAUUUUGAUUAAAUCAGAAUACGAGAUGUGAUGAAAAUAAAAAUAAGAUGAUUUUUUUUAAUCAUGUGAUAUUAAAGCGUGCUCGGUUAAAUGCAAAUAACAACGCGAUGUUAAAUCUCUAGUGAAUAAUAUUUUAUAUACGUUUAAUAGAAAUGAAAUAAAAAUUUUAAUGAUAA